AUGUUGCCAUUCUCCUGGAAGCGACGCAAGCCGCGCUCGUUGCUGCUAUUGCUCAAGAGCUUCGUCGGUUUGCGUGUGCGCAUCGAUUUGAAGAAUGACUCGGUGUUGGAAGGCGUAGUGCAGGAGGUUGUGCAGGAUAUGGACUUCACAUUACUUGAUGCCUGCGAAACCAAACCAAAUGGCACUACACUGAUGCUGGAUGAGGUGUUCGUCAUGGGCAAGACAGUGCUAUAUGUGCACAUCCCCGACCGAAUCAACAUCACUCAGCACCUGCAGCAAUACACGCGCAUGAUUCGGCAGAGUGCUACGAUGUACACUCGUGCGAAACGCACGGCCAGUUCACGACCAGGACAGUAGAUACGAGACAAUCAUGAUCUUAACGAAAUACAUACUACUAUAAAAGUACGUAUUAUACAGGUGGAAGGCGCUGCGCUGCUGGUGGAGCCGGUCUUCUAUGCUGCUGCUGUCUGUGCUGGGAAGAAUUGCUAGAUCCAGAUAAUGCAAACUUGAGGCCGCCUCCAAGCGUCUUCUGCAGCUCGGUGAUGCGGGCUUUGAGUUGCAGGAUGUGCUCUUUCUGGAACUCUGCCUCACGCAUCUUCUCUUUGCGCUCACGCAUCACCUCAGUGCUCACUGAGAGCUUCUUGUUCACAGCACUAUUGGCGAUCGAAAGGGUAGAUUUGUACUUGGCGUCACGUACUUCUUGGGUCUGCAUGCGCACGUUGUGGAACUCGCGCCGCA